AUACUGUCAUAUGAGGAUUCAGAGUAAGAAUUUAUUAAGAGGAGUAUUUGGGGGCGUACCUAAAGAAAAAUAAAGUAGUGAAAAUUAAAUAAGAGUAUCUAAUUAUGAAUGAUCGUAAAAACGUAGUGUAAAAUCUAUCAAUCCCAUGAAGAUGGCUCAUUCAAGUUUUAGUACUGUCGAUGAAUAUGGCUUCGAACGACACGAUGAUUUUGAUUAUGAAAGUUAUGAAGACUUUAUGUCUCACUAUUUAAAAGUAUUGGCUUCAAGAGCGCAAAAAUGGUCAACAUUACUUGGCGAAGGAAAGUCGGUCAAACGUACGAAUACUGUUAAAAGAUAUGUUCGCAAAGGAAUCCCAAGUGACCAUCGACCAUCCGUAUGGAUGGCAAUAUCAGAAGCAGAAAAAAUGAAAGAAUCAUCACCAGAUUUAUACCAAAAGAUUUUAGAUGGGCCAUUUGAAAAGGAACUUGUUGAUCUUGUAAAGACGGACCUUCCACGUACAUUCCCUGAUAACAUUUAUUUCUCUAAAGAGGCGAACCACCAAACGCAUCUCUUCCAUGUUUUGAUAGCCUAUGCUCAUAAUAAUAGAGUUGUGGGGUAUUGUCAAGGCCUGAACUAUAUAGCAGGUUUACUGCUACUUGCUACAAAAAGUGAGGAAACCUCAUUUUGGCUUCUCAAAGUUCUGGUAGAAAAGAUUCUCCCCGACUACUACACAAAGACUAUGGACGGUCUCAUUGUAGAUAUUGAAGUAUUAUCCGAACUGGUCAAAUCCAAAGUACCUGAUGUACAUCAACACGUAAUCAACUUAGGUUUACCUUGGGCGGUGAUAACCACAAAGUGGUUUGUAUGUCUAUUUGCUGAAGUUCUGCCCAUAGAGACGGUUUUGAGAAUAUGGGAUUGCCUUUUUUACGAGGGCUCCAAAAUACUUUUCAGAGUCUGUUUGACGCUCAUAAGAAAUAACAGAGCGUCCAUACUCGCCUGCAAUGAUUUCACUUCCUUGGCAGAAUGUUUCAAAGCUAUUGUGAAGAAUGCCAGUGCGUUACACUGUCAUGAAUUCAUGCAAUCUAUUUUUAAAGUGCCGGGCACACUAUCAAACUCGACCAUAUUGAAGUUAAGAGCCCGCUUCGCCAAGCAACGUCGGGAGCAGCAACAGAAGGAACACCGAUGAAUCAUUUCAUAAAUGAUUAACAGGAACUUUUGAUCUCAUCCCAUCAAAAGAUUUACCAAAUUUCUAUUAAAACUGUUGUUAUUAUACUUAGAGUUCAACUUGUUCAGUAAUAGAUUUUAAUGUUUUAGUGUAAUAUUAACAUAUGCAUCCAACGGGCACUACUGUACAAUCUAACUAGUCCAAAAACUUAGUAAUUUUUUACUCUCAUGAACCAAAUUUGUGAACAAUUAUUUUUAAUUUUUCUCAACCGGUAAUUUUAAUUUUACCUUAUAGUAGGUAUACCUUUAGUAGUCUUUUUAUUUUUUUUAUUUUUUUUUUUUUUUUUGUUACUACUUCAACAUCUUUUUCUUGAAGGUUUAUGAAAUAACAUGACUUAUACUCCAUCAUGACUUGUGUGAAUAAUUUCUGUACCCUCUAGAUGACUACAAUACAAUAGUUAAACAUUAAUUGGGUGUGCUAGGUUAAAGUAUUUAUUUUAAUUAAGAAACUUUUGAGUGAGAAAUGUUUAAAUCACUCGUGUAUGACAAAUGUUGUUAAUAUUAUUUUUUUUGAAACGGCAAGUUAAAUCGUAACGUAAAAAUAUGCUUACUUUGGUUUAUGGGUAGUUGAUAUGCCAUAGGAAACAGGUGAUUUUAUUAAGUAUUAAGUAAAAUACAUUUGUUUUAAACAUUUCAUAGUAGGAAUUCUUUCAUGGAAAUGAUAUAUUUUCAUUCGUAAUACAAAAAAAAAAUAUUUUAGUUUAGAAUUAACAUUUGACUGCGGCACUAAUAUUGACAAUGAGAAAAAUAAAUGUACCUUGUGCUAGGUAGUUUUAUAUUUUUAUUAUUUGGCAUAAUAUAUAUGUCCUCCUUAGACAGGUACAUUGUAUAAUUUUUUUUUUUAAAGUUAUAAAAUUUGUUGAUAUCGCUUAAGUUUCAUAACUAAAAGACAAUUACUUAUAAUUUUAUUAAGAUAUAUAUUUAUAUUCCUAACUUAAGUUUUCACUUCUAAGUACAUGGGUUCCUAUCUUUUUGUAUUAUAUUUACACUAUUGAUUCUAUUUUUCAUAAAAUACUAUAUGUACCUAUGUAUUUUUCUAAUCAAUUUUUUUAAAAAUAUAAAACAAUUACUUUUUCUUGUAAUAUGUAUGUGGUUCUAAGCUUUGCUUAAUAAUGACUUUGCUUAAUGAAUAAUCUGUGUGUUAGUGAUGUUCUUUAAUACAUGUUAUAAGAAGUCUUUGUAUUAGAAUAAAUUAUGAAGUUGUUGAGAA